GACAGAUCUUCGAUUUUGCAGCUCGUAUGUAGAAGCGGCGAUCUCGAACUAAUACAAUCGGUCCUUGACGCAGGUGCAGACGUUAAUGCACCCGCUGUGGGAUUCCAAGGGUUGACGGCGCUACAAAUUGCCGCAGAGGAAGGGGAUUCAGUUCUGACAAGUUUUUUUUUGACUCUUGGGGCCGACGUCAACGCAGAAGCCGCGGAAGGCGGAAAAACAGCUCUUCAGGCGGCCGUCGAAUCUGGAAAUUUGGAAACGAUUCGACAGCUAUUAGCAGCCGGCGCUUACGUCAACAACACAGUGGCACGGAACGAAGAGCAAACGGCACUAGCGGUAGCCGUUGUAGAUGGCAACAUUGAGAUCACCCGGCUUCUUCUGGAUGCCGGCGCCAACGCCAACGCG